GAGCCGCUUCCAGGCGAGAGAGAGGGACGAGCGGGACGGUAGAGGGGGAGGGGGAGCAGGAGGGGUGGCCGGGAACCCCCUGCUCCUGGCUCAUCAGCAGCAGGUCGUUCACGCGCCCGCUGUGGUCACCGGGGGAGCCUCGGUUCACAUCCCCGCGGCCGGGACGGCGAGGACCGUCAUCACCUGCCGCGUCCUGCUGCUGGACGGCUCGGAUGUCAACGUGGAUUUGCCUAGCAAAUCCAAAGGCCAGGACCUUUUUGACCAGAUCAUGUAUCACAUUGAUCUGGUCGAGACAGACUACUUUGGAUUGCAGUUCAUGGACACAGAUCAAGUCUCACACUGGCUGGAUAUGAGCAAGCUAAUAAAGAAACAGAUCAGAGACGGGCCUCCUUACAGACUGUUUUUUAGAGUGAAAUUUUACUCUUCAGAGCCAAAUAACCUGCGUGAGGAAUUUACAAGGUAUCUGUUUGUGUUGCAGCUUCGCCAAGAUAUUCUGUCGGGCAAAUUGAAAUGUCCGUAUGAUGUCUCAGUAGAGCUGGCAGCAUAUUGUCUACAAAGUGAGCUGGGAGACUGUGAUCCUUUGGAGCACUCUCCUGUACUGGUGUCUGAGUUCCGUUUCACUCCCAAACAGAGCGAGGCCAUGGAGGCUGACAUCUUCAGCAGGUGGCUAGAACUUAGGAGACAGAGCCCAUCUCAAGCAGAGAUUUCUUUUCUCAACAAGUGCAAGUGGCUUGAGCUUUACGGAGUAGAUAUGCACUUUGUCAAGGGCAGAGAUGGAGGAGAAUACGCUCUAGGUCUCACUCCUACUGGGAUCUUGGUAUUUGAAGGCUCCAAUAAAAUCGGCCUCUUCUUUUGGCCCAAAAUUACUCGCCUGGACUUCAAAAAGAGUCAGCUCAUGUUGGCUGUGGUGGAGGAUGAUGAGAAGGGUCAGGAGCAGGAGCAUACGUUCGUUUUCCAGCUGGCCAGCGCCAAGAGCUGCAAAAGCCUGUGGAAGUGUGCUGUGGAGAGCCACGCCUUCUUCCGGCUACGUCAGCCAACCACAGGCAAGGCCAGCCGCAGCAACUUCACGCGACUCGGCUCCCGCUUCAGAUUCAGUGGUAAAACAGAGUAUCAGGCCACUCAUGGAGGCAGACUGAGGAGAGCCAGUGCGUUUGAGAGAAGGCCGAGCAAGCGAUACCCCUCUCGCACACAGUCAUUGGGCAAGGCUGCUAUUUCUCCUGCCAAGCCUCCAUACAUCAGCUCUCUUGCUAACGCUGAUCCCAGCCUACUUCCAUACCAGCAUAAUAUUCCUAUUGGCCACGAGCCGUGGCUCCCACCCCGCCCUGCUCUCACACCCCCAGUGUACCUGCAGCCCUCUGGACACACGCCACCGCACAGUUUCCCUCUGAGCGGUCCUGCAUCACACCAUCAAGUCAGCGUUGAGGAGAAUGAGACUUCACAUUCUGGCAAAACCCACCGCCAUCACCGUCGGCACACACACAGCCAGGACACGCUUUGCCACGCACACAUAAAGAACAAAUGUCGAGCUCCUCCCAGCCCAGCGGAAAAGUUGGACAUCUCUCAGUGUCUGCUCAAGGCUCUGGAGUCAGACAGUGAUUCUCCUCCCUGGCCCUCGCUGCACGUCAACACUGGAGAAGAGAAGCAGCUGUCUGAAAAGUCUCUGCACCCUCCUGCCUCUCCAGUGGUGCUCCCUGACCACCUCAAGUGCAACAUCCUCAAGGCCCAAAUGGAGGCAGCUUUCAGGAUGGAAGCGCCCACAACACCUCGAGGGAAAAACUCAAAUGAGACCAUCAGUGACAGGUAUCAGAGCUCCUCCCAAGACUCAGCUGCAUCCAGUCUGACUGCAGACAAGACGCCUUACCGGCAAGAUCGCAACCCAACGCCAGAAAGGCUGCAACCCAAAGUCAACCCAAGCACCAACCGCAGAAAACGACUGGUCAGACAAUUCAGCUUUAACCAUGAGGAUGAAGAUAAUCUCCCAGAAGCACUUGCAGCCAUUUCCUCUCAGAGUACAGGAAGGUUGGGCUCUAGUAGCUCACUGGACAAACAGAUACAGCCAUCUAUAUACCCACAGGUGGAUAAUAUGCCAAUAUUGGAGCUGGGUAGUCCAUGCUGUCCUUCUCCUUCACCUUCCCCUCACCUCUCCCCUUCUUAUUAUCGUAGCUCCAUUCCUCACAUGGUCCCUUACCUUGCUGCCCAUAAUAACAGUGGAGAGGAAAUGAGGGUGGACAGAGAGAAGAUACUAAGAACGCUCCUGAUGACAGAGCUCUGAUACCUUGACCUGUGACACCUGUGACAUCAUUGCCAGACAAAACAUAACAGGCUUUAACUUGAAGUUAUUUGUUUAAAUCAGCAUUUGUAAAUUUGCACAAUACAUUCAGCAGUUCUAAGUAUAUAUUUGCAUAAAGGCAAUUGUUAUAUUUGCUUAAUUGUUAUUUUAGAAGGAUGGCUCUUUAUAUUCAUCCAAAUGAAAUUGUAUAACCUAUAAAAGAGAUAGAAAAAGAUGGAUACAACACAAACAAGCUACAGAUGUGACUGGUGCUGUUUGCAUGAUAAAUAUGUUACAAGAUUAAAUAUUCAUCUGAGUUGUGUUGGGGUUAUGUUUAGAUUUUGUGUGGUUUCAUCAUCAUUGUGUCCAUGCUGAUACCAAUACUGUGUCUGAGACAGUGACUGUUCAAGCAUCAUGCUCAGCACUUCAGAAAAGCAUUGUUGAAAUGAAAGUCACUUCACUUUCAAAUCAGUUUGUUCAGAAAAUAAAGACAUUGUAAUUAACAUGUGGAUAUUGUAACCGAGCAGGUAUUGUAAAUGCUUUCUUUGUUAUUGUGUUUACUAUAAUGUCCAGAAUCCAUUUUGAGUUGCCACAGCACUUUAGAAUUAGGAAACUUCUUGAACAGAGUGAAGUGAAAGUGAAUCUUGACUCAGUGUAGGAGAUGUUUUGAGAGGAUUGUGAGCUUGUGCAGCUGCAGUCUCAAUCUGUCCACUAGAAGGAGGCAGAUCUGUACUCACUGCGCAUGUAGCAGCUGAACAUACUGAGCCUGUGUAGAGGCUACCACAAGCAACGGAUUGUGGAUCACUUUGCUUUUUAAAAGAAAAUUUAAAAAAACAUAGAUUUUGUUUAGUUAUUUAUUUGCGUACACUUUAGAGUACUCUUUUCAACACAGAUCAAACGCAAAACUGCUCUCAGAAGUCACCCUCUGGGAAGUUAGGUAUUAAUAAGCAUAAACCUACUGCUCCACAACUUUAAGCCUGUUUUUGUCACAGCCACAUCUGAGGUAGCAUAUAAUCUGCCACUCUUAUGUAUGUGUCAGUUUAAUUGUUCCUGCCCUCAGCUGGAUAUUAAUAAAGACUGCAUCAUUGGUUUGACAGCUUUAUAGCAACCUCUUUGGUCUCUGCACUGACAUGGGAAUGUGGAUCGGCCUCGCCCUGAGUGCCCGUUUAAGUGUGUAUGCAGGCCUCACCCGCCCUGUGAGGGAAUGUUGCUAUAAAGAAUAUUACUGAUUUAUCUGCCUCUACACACCUAUGAGCUACAGUACAGUGAGUCAGCCUGUAACUCCUGUUCUGUCCUUCAGUGAACCAUUUAACUCUAUAUAAUUCAUCUUCAUGUGCUGGAAAUGAAGUAGAC